GCAAGACAAGACCUGGUAAUAUAAACGAGUCGAUUAUGAAAUGGGUAAUUUCACGUGUUAUCCGAGGUGGAGUCAAAUGACGCUGACGUGGGUCUGGUGACCAACGUCCACUUUGUACCGAGGCGGGUCCUAUCUGUAUUGUCCUCGUCGAGGAAGAAAAAAAGAGUAGAGUUCAAGUUAUCAGUGACACCACUUUCUUUCUAGCCACUCAUGAAGGACCUGGACCUCUUUUUUCUGCAGAUAAACAACAUAUAUGCAAUCUAGCCUCAAUCUAGCCAUUCUCUGGUCUUGCUCUGUGGCGUCACUGCUCCAUCAUUCAGGUAGCCUCAGGCUAUUCAGUAACCUUUGGGCGCUGCACGUCGACACAGGGUUCAGGAAUGUUCCCGCAACCGUCCCUGUUCAGCGAGGUCAGCUUGUCCGCGGACGAUGUACCGAGCUCGGAGUCCGGACCGCUGUGGCGUUGCCUUCUUUCCGAAUUCAUCGCUGUCCGAAUCCAGACGCAAUAACGGAGGAUGCCUCGAGGGAGAGGACGCGUAACGGAAUCGGCGCUAAUCAACACCGUCAAAAGAAGGGGCGCAUAUAAAUACCAGAUCUCCAGGUAUACAUGUACUUAUAAAAAUUUAGACGCUGUCAGAGGGUGUGAAUGCCAAGAC